UCCCUUCAACGCCAUGAAUGGCAACGAGAGCUCCAAGCCCUAACCCCUGGGUUCCUCGCCCUCUUCCUUCUUUUCUCCCAUCCAACCACUCGAUCGGCGGAUUCCUUCUCUCUUCCUCGCCUUCGCUCCGCAUCUCCGCUAGAAACUAUGGGGACGAGGGCUUGGAUUCCGGGGUUUCUUCCCCUGUUGGCCCUCGAAGCGGCGUCGCUGCCGGGAGGCGACGCCCUCGGGUCCGUAUCCGCCGGCGGGUCUCUGCCCCGGGGUCUCCUCCGGCAACUCGAUCCUCGGUGAUCAGAAUUCGUGCGCUGCCAUGGAUUUCCCGCCCCGUAAGCAGCAAUCGAGCAACGUCAUCGUGGUAAUUCCCCAAUUUUAUGCCCUCUCUGUGUCUUCUAGAGAGAAAUUAGGCCCGAUUUAUUGCAUUAUUUUGGAAGAAAUAUCGAGAUUUUUAUGCAUAUGGUUACAUCUCUCGUCCAUGGCAUGAUCCAGUCUCGUGUUCAUUAGAUAGAUGGUAAAACGAUAAUGAAAACCGCAAACAUGUUUUUUUCUUUUCUGCAAAUAGUUUGAAGGGUUCGGAUGAUUAUUAUAUUAGGUUUUGAAGAAUAAAAAAUGAGAUCUUAAUAAGAGUUAACCGGUGAAGACGCAGAAAGAUCGAGGUUUUCUCCGAGGAAGAAGUUUGUUUGAGAAAAGCCAAAUAGUAAGAGAGUUUAACGACCAAGAUACGGCUUAUGGAUGGAGAGAACGCGGAUUAAUUAUGUGGUGAUUGUGUGGAGCCGCAGACAUUUUACCGUUAAAAUGUAACCUUGAUGUUUGAAAAUUUGCAAGGCUGUUUAAAAUGCUGCUAUCCUUGUCUUGAUCGAUACAUGUUCAGACAACAGGAAUUAUCAAAAAUCAUUUUGUUUAACUGGAAGACUGGACGACUGCAAGUUGAUAACAGUAUUCCGUCCGAGUAAAAAAGCUGAUAAUGCACUAGAAUUCGGAAUUAUGCCAUACACUUUCAGCUUCCCUCUUUGAAAUAAUGAUACAUUUAUUCUGCAUGGGACCUUUUCUUGGCAUUAACCCCGAGUCACUGGAUCCAAGUUCACUGGAAGUAGCUAUUGGCUCAUCAAGCUUUGCCGAGUUUGAUGAAAAGACUAACGGGAAAAAAUGUCCAUAUUCUUGGGCGUGGACCCCAGAGAAGUUGCUGCAGAGAAUACGUACCUUGCUCUGGCUACUUUUUUUUCUUUUCUUCUGCUUUCCAGUUACUGUACUUUCUUCUUCGGAACAUUAAUGCAUGUGUAAAUUGUGCAUGGAGGCGGCACAUGAAUCUGUGCAGAAGAAGCAAAGGUGCAAUGAAUGCAAAGACAUGGGCUACCACAUCACAAGCAUCAGCAUCCAUUGGUGGUUUUGAAGAUGGCAAAGGGAAGCAAGCAACUUCUACCAUGCCAUCAAGUGGUUGAUGCAAAUCACCGUGCACAGGGCAUUUCUUGAACCUACCCCAAUUUCGGGUUAGUGCUCUAGAAAAAAAAGUAGGGAGAAUCUAAUUCCCCACUUGACCCCUUUCUGGCUUUCGGUUCUGUGGGAAUAAAGGUUAGAACGGGAAGGAAGAAGAGACUCGGACUGCAUCCAAAGAGAGCUAGCUCCGGAGAAGGCGGUGGGAACGAGAGAAGAAGAGAAAUUCUAUGGGAGGGAAGAGCAGGACCGCGAGGUGCAGCAGGUGCGGCGUCCAACUGGUGGUGCCGCCGUUUGCCCGGACCAUCCGAUGCGCCCUGUGCCAUGGUAUCACCAAUGUUGGGCCUCGCCAUGACCCGGUCCGGCAAGCGGUCGGCUUUGUGAGAUCCAUGGUCAAUUCCUUAAAUCCCCUGUCGAGCUAUGCAUCCGGCGGGUCCUCCAUGAACAACAACAACAACUCUCUGUGGAAUUUGCCACCAAGCUAUCCUCAGGUGCAGGGGAAGAAGAGGGCGCUUCUGAUCGGAGUGAGCUAUACGAUGAGGCGGUAUGAGCUCAAGGGGACGGUGAACGAUGUGAACUGCAUGAGGUACUUGCUGUGCGAGAGGUUCGGGUUCCCGAGGGAAUGCAUCCUGGUUCUCACAGAGGAGGAGCGGGACCCGUGGCGGAAACCGACGAAGGAGAGCGUGAGGAUGGCGAUGAGGUGGCUGGUGAUGGGGUGCGGGGCGGGGGACUCGCUGGUGUUCCACUUCUCCGGGCACGGCGUCCAGAAGCCGGACACUAACGGCGACGAGGUGGACGGCUACGACGAGGCGCUCUGCCCUCUGGACUUCGAGACCAACGGCCCGAUCUUGGACGACGAGAUCAACGAGACGCUGGUCCGCCCCCUCCCACGCGGCGCCAAGCUCCACGCCAUCGUCGACGCCUGCCACAGCGGCACCGUCCUCGACCUUCCCUACCUCUGCCGCUUCAACAGGGGAGGGUUUUACCAAUGGGAGGACCACAGCCCACCGUCAGGUGUUUAUAAAGGCACAAGUGGUGGUCUGGCCGUACUAAUCAGUGGUUGCGAUGAUCACCAAACCUCUGCAGAUACUAAUGCUUUUGCAGGCUCUGCCUCAACUGGAGCCAUGACUUACAGUUUCAUUCAAGCUCUGGAAUUUGAACCUGGUACUACUUAUGGUCGCUUGCUCACUGCCAUGAGGUCUGCUAUUCGUGAUGCCAACACAGGCAUCGGAGGUGGCCCAAUAGCUUCUCUUUUAAGAAAGGUUUUCAGCUUAGGUUUGACACAGGAGCCUCAGCUGUCUUCUUCAGAGAUGUUUGAUAUUUAUCGGAGGCCAUUUCUCCUGUAAUAUUUUCUGUUUUACCAAUAGAAUAUAUCACAGUAACACUAAGCAAAUUAGUACUUGCAUCAUGUGCCCCAUGUAUUGAUACUUCACUAUUUCUUUUCAACCUUACUGAGUAUUUGGAUACAUAUGGUUGUGGCUUGAUCACAUAAAGUUUGUUUCUAUGGUUGUGACA